UGUUCCUUUUUACCACGCCUCCUGUUUUCUCCAGCUCUUACCGCAUCGCAUAGGGUCUUCUACAAGAUCUGACAUGGAUUUCAGUCCAUGUUCGUGACACACACCUAUCUUGACAGAAACCCUGGCUAUUAUAUGCAUACUUAAACUAAACAUAUCUGCCAAAACAACUGCUCUACACCCACUUUUGUCACCUCAUGGCAUUAAUAUCCCUAGUACUAAGGACAGUGGAGUGGUAUCUUUAAUGACAAGAAGAUUAGGACCUCAGUUUAACAUCUCAUCCAAUAUCUUGUCUUGUGAGAAGAAUACCACACACUGGUCCACCAACAGUACUAACAGCAGCAACCUGGUUAUGCUUAGAAAUCUCCCAUUCCACUACUGACCAAGCCCAGGUUUAUUAGCCUCUAAGAUCUGAAACUGCCUCCUAACUGUUUAUGAGCAGACAAUGUAGGGCUAGAUAUUUGUUUGGUGGCUUGACACUGUAAAGGAAAUCUUGGUCACUGGCAAGCACCUUCUAACAAGGUUAAACAUUAGGCUUGCCGGACUGGCCAUUUCCUGAGCAUGCAGUGUUCUUAUGCUUCCAUACAGUGUGUAGGCAUGGCAGCAUCCAGGCCGUUUCUUUUACACCUGAAGUGGUGCAGGAAGAAAAGGCUUAAAGUGUGCCUGGUAUGUGGCACAAACUCCUGGGUGUCAACACAUUGGCCACUGAACUUCAGGAAUCAGGUAGGAGUAGCUGGAAGUUUAAGAAAUAUGGGCUUCAUCCUCUUACCCGCCUUAAAAUGAGUAUACAGUAUAAGACAUAGAAAAUGUAUAUUGUGUUGCCAUCAUGCUGAGGUAUGGUGGGUGACUUCUCACCAAGUGAAGCUUGGUGGGUGAAAGCUAUAUUUUUCAGACUCUACAACAUUUGUAGUAUUAAAACUAAUGAUCUUCCAGAUUUCUGUAUCCCCAGAAAUAUCGUCCCCACUAGAAUACCCCUCAGUCUUAUGGAAGGUUCUUGCUGGCCUUUGCUUUGGUUGAAGGGCUGUACCCAGCAGGUGAGAGCUGGGUGUGUGCUAGUCCCAUGUCCCCUUCACCUCUUUUUGGAGCUCACAUCCCAGGGAAGUGUGAAGUCUUCUAUCACGUCACACUCACUUUGACACCAGUGUAGCACUGUGAGCUGCGGGUUCCCUAAACCCACAAAUAGUAAGCAAAUGUUAUUUUUGCUUAUGAAAUAAACAGUGAGUCACUGUGCCUACCAGGGAGAGCAACACCCCCUAUAUUGCGGAAAACAGCGAUAUUAAGAACAGGCAACACUCCCUGCACACAAACAAAGCACCCACUCUCGAUGGCAGCCUCACAGAAGCCAGGUCCGGCAGCCACUGGCAUCUGCACAUUUAGAAAAGGGUCAAAAACAGAAAAUGGGGAGGAGAUAAAAAGGAAAAAUCAAGUAAAACGCAGAAAAAACAGAUACCAUAAUGCCAGCCUCUGUUGAUGCGCCCCUGAGGCAAGGGGCUGCAUAAUUAAUGUUCUGUCCAUUCCUCAGCCAUCCUGUUUACCAUGCAGCCUAGGAGCAAGCAAGAGCCAUACAACAAACACACAGGGAUAAGUAGUAAUAACUGCCCUUCAGGCAUUUGUAGAGUGGUAUUGGUAGAAGGCCAGGGUAGUGCAACAGCAUGUCCUGAUGCUUGACCUCUGCCAGCUAGCCACCGUUUUAAGGCAGUGCGUAUGUAAGCACAACUGAAAUAUGAAAAAGAGGGAGAACAAAUCUCUCUGUCACACUUACUGUACAUAUUCAUGUUGUACACUAUCUAGUGCACCCCAUAGUUUAAAACGCGAUGUACACUCUUAAGCAGUAACACCGUUUUUAGAAACUUCAUCUGUUAAUAAUUAAUUGAUGUGACACCUUAAUUUAAGAACAUAAACCCUUAGACAAUCGCUGUCAGGGCUUGUAGGCAACAACAAACAUUUUAAGCAUGCGUUUGGUGGGUCCGUUCUUGGAAUCAUCUUCAACAAGUUGAUUUAUAUUUAUGUGAAUGGAAAAUAAAAACGCCAAAGUCAUGCUCGCCUAGUUUGCAUUAUAUCCCCUGAGGAACCUAAAUAUGCAUUUAACACUGUAAUGUGCUUUCUCAUCGCUAGUGAAGCAUUUGUGCGUCACCUUCAGGUCCAGCGAAGCGUCACGUGGGAUCACGGAGCCUCAUCCACCUCGUCUCUUCGCGGAUCCGCACCGUUGUGCUGCAAGGAGCGCCUUUACGAUACUUGUCUACAGGCGAAAAGCGUAUCUAAGAGAGCAGUCAAAUUGAGUUUAAAAAAACGUAGUCUCGUAAAAGCCCGUCUUCAUUUAGUGCCUCUCCAUUCAGGACACGAAAAGUGGUUUUCGAUAUUUUCUUUUUAGCCACAAUGAAGCUUUUUGUCUUUGUGAUUUUCUUUUUUGGUGGGAGGUGUUUUCUUUUACUAAAAAAUAGAAGACUAUGCUACCAAGAACGUGCAUGAUAAAGACAGGUAAAUAAAAGACCUUUGUUCCUGUUCAAAAUGUAUGUUUUGUUUUCUUUUGCGUAACUGGCUUUUAUAGACUUCGAAUAAGAUCCGAUUAUAUCCUCAGCUAUACACUCGAAAUAUCUUAACGUUGAUCGAUUCUUAUGUAUUGCAAGUUUGAAACGAGUUUUUCUGGAAAAAUGUUACUUGGCGAACUUUUCUGCACUUUUUUCUUUACUCCUGAAGACGAUUGAUUGACGACAGCGAUUAAAUGGAUAACGUCUGUAACAACUGUAACAAUAAACCAUCGACAUUUCCUGUGAGUUAAUGGCUGGUUGUUUAUUUUUCCAUACCCCGGCGGCUCUUGAACGGAGUAUCGUUUUUAUGAGUUUAGAAGCGUCCACAUGAAAUGGAGAAACAGAUCGGGAAGAACCCACUGCCCUGGAAGUUGGUGCUUAUUCACACUCAGAUCCUGUCUUAGCUGCGACAAAGCACGGAGUCCUGAAGGAUUUACAUGGAGAAUAGAAACUGGGUUAGGGAUCCGGAUAAAUUAACGUUUUGCUGCGUAAUGACCAAAUAAUGUGGCACGCCAAAGAGUUGUUUCUUUCUACAGGUUCACUCUUGUGUCUCAGUUGGAUUAAUACUUCCUUCAAGUCUGGUCUCUAGGAUGUUUCUACGUCUCGCAGCAACAUGAAGCUGUCGUGGUGUGAAACAGAAAGGAACUGGGAUUCCAGAUAGUGUGAAGAUACAUAGACUGUCAGAAGGCAGAGGACAGCAGCAUGAUAGCGACUGGGGGUGUAAUAACAGGGCUGGCAGCCUUAAAGAGGCAGGACUCGGCCAGAUCCCAGCACCACCUGCCCUUGCCAACUCCACCCCCGCCACAGGAGAAGAAAAGGGUCAAACGGAAACCCCGAGCCGAUGUGGUAGUUGUCAGGGGCAAGAUCCGGCUGUACUCUCCCUCUGGAUUUUUUCUUAUCCUUGGGAUAUUCAUCUCAAUGGUGGGAAUAGCAAUGGCAGUGCUAGGUUACUGGCCGCACAAGGAUCAGGUUUUGACACCAGACUCAAAACUGUCCACCAACGAUACCCAAGUAAUACGAGACCAUGGGGGAAUAGUUGCCCAGUUCUUUGAACAACACUUGCAUUCUGAAAAAAUGAAAAUGCUGGGACCCUUCACCAUGGGGAUCGGUAUCUUUAUAUUCAUUUGUGCUAACGCCAUACUUCAUGAAAACAGAGACAAGGAAACCAAAGUGAUUCACAUGAGAGACAUCUACUCUACUGUAAUUGACAUACACAGCCUAAGGAUCAAAGAGCAAAAGUACAUGAAUGGAGCUUACACUGGCCCAGCAGGAGAACCUGAGGCUAAAAUGUAUGACAACCAAUGCGCUUCAAAGCUGGCUGCUAAUACUCUGUUGACUUUCUCAGGAAUUGGGAGCGAUGUCCGGGUGUCGAGGAGAGCAAGCUCCAUCGAAGAGGACGAUCGCUGUUUGAAUGAAGCUAAGGGGCGCUCAAGCCUCCUGCUUCCGAUGCGCAGAGACAGAUCCAGUUCAAUUUUUGGCGUGCACACAGAAAGCAGCCGGUUGAAAGAUGACAAAAAUACUGUCUCUAAAAAAUGUGAAACAAAGUCUAUCGUGUCAUCUUCCAUUAGUGCAUUCACACUUCCCGUGAUUAAGCUAAAUAACUGUGUGAUCGAUGAACCUGAUAUAGAUAACAUCACCGAGGACUCCGAAUUCAGCAGAGGUAGAUCAAGACAGCCUUCCAUGGAAUCCUUAACGGUUCCUUCUACAGAUAUUACUGAAACUUACAAGCCUCCUAAUGCUGUGCUCCCUAGAAGCAAUUCAGACACUGAGUCACCAUCUGUCUCAUCAAAAUCCUCUCUCUCUCCUGGAUCAGCUAACGAACGAUUUUUAUCUCCUGGUGCGGCCCGAAAGGAUUUUGGCUCCAACAAUUCACUCCACAUGCUCUCUGCACAUUCCAAGUCUUUGGAUUUAGAAAGAGGGCCAUCCACAUUAACUGUCCAGUCUGAGCAAAGGAAACACCCCAGCUGGCCAAGGCUAGAUCGCAACAACAGCAAGGGAUACAUGAAAUUAGAAAACAAAGAGGAUCCCAUGGACAGAUUGGUAGUUCCCCAGGUUGCAGGCAAAAGAGAUUAUACAAAAAAAGAAAAACUCCUGAUGAUCUCACGAUCUCACAAUAACCUCAGUUUUGAACAUGAUGAAUUUAUGAGUAACACUUUAAAAAGAGGUACAUCUGAAACAAGGUUCUGAAUGGAUGUCUAUCCCAGAAAAAGGACAACACCUUAUAAAAGUGUUUAUAUACUGUACUAAGAAAAAAAUGUGCAUAUCUGUCAUUGCCCGUAUUUAAUAUUAUUUGUUUUUUUAACUUGACUGAUGUCCUGAAUAACAUUAGUUUUAUCCAGGGUAUUGUUUAUUUCAUUACACUAUUUUCACUCAAAUCUCUUUAAUACAAAACAUAAUUUCCUUCAGUUGUAUGCUGUUUUUUUAUUGGUGAUCAUAUGUAUAUUUACAGGCAGCACAGUAGCACAAUGGAUAGCCCUAGGUUCAGUUACAGUCCUGGGGUGCUAUCUGCAUGGAGAUCUCCAUGUUUGUGUUGGUUUCUCCGGGUGCUCUGGUUUCCUCCCACAGUC